GUCACAUCUAUCUAUGUAUAUAGCGAUACCUGCAUGUCACCUUUGAAGAGAAGUUGACAGUUUGUAUAUAUAUAUAUAUAAGAUUUAAAUCAUCACAAUUUAUAACCGAGAGAUGGGUGUAUUACGAGAUUUACUUCGAUUGAGGAACAUAUUUAUCAUAAUUCUGACACCUAUAAUACUAUUACCAAUUAUUUAUAGCAUUGAAACAAAGGAGGCAAAAUGUGCUUAUAUAGUUAUACUUAUGGCUGUGUAUUGGAUAACGGAGGCCUUACCUAUAGCUGUGACGUCACUGCUACCCAUUAUUCUCACGCCAUUGACUGGAUUGGGCAGUGCAAAAACUGUGUCAAGCAAGUAUCUUAAUGACGUUUCUAUGUUAUUUCUUGGAGGACUAAUGAUGGCUGUGGCUAUAGAACAUUGGAACAUCCACAAACGAUUGGCACUUAGAAUUCUGUUACUUGUUAGAUCCGAACCAAGAUGGCUAAUGUUAGGACUUAUGCUACCAACAUGGUUCCUUUCAAUGUGGAUCAGUAAUACAGCAACAACGGCCAUGAUGAUUCCUAUAGCAAACGCCAUACUGGUACAGCUAAAGGAGGCAAAAGAAGAAGCAGAAACAAACGGACAUCUCGCUAUUGAAACUGAUCAUGAUGAGGUUAGAUUAGACGACGUUACCCUUACAGUAAAAGAUAAUGAGAAAAUAAUGGAACAACAGAAUAAUGGUGAAGUCAACAAAGAAGAAUACGAAAAAAAGACGUUUAUACCUGAAACAUCAAAGAAAGAGAGUCAAGAAUAUAAAAGGAUAUGUAAGAUGUUAUCUAUCUGUAUAGCACAUACAGCUAAUGUUGGUGGUAUAGCUAGCCUUACAGGAACCAAUCCUAAUGUUAUACUGAAAGGACAAAGUGAUAUUAUAUAUGAUAGGUACAACGGAACUUCACCUUUGACCUUUGCCACAUGGUUUAUGUACGGAUUACCAAUCUCAGCUAUUAUGCUGGCACUUGCCUGGAUUUGGUUACAAAUAUUCUUCCUUCGUGGGUCAUUUUUUAAAUGCUGUGGAGGAACUAAAUCAGCAGGUGUAAGAAUUAAAUCAGUUCUGAGGAAGGAAUAUGAAAGUCUAGGACCAGUUAAUUUUGCCCAAGCUGCUGUGAUAGGUCACUUUUUUAUUCUAGCAGUAUUAUGGAUAACACGUGACCUCGGUGGAGCCGGUGGAUGGGGUGAUAUAUUUCCUCCAAAGACAGUUACAGAUUCCACACCAUCUAUAUUGAUAUCGUGUAGUUUGUUUAUAUUUCCAUCAAGAGUACCAGAUGUAUUUUGUUUAAAUAAAGGAAAAAAUGAGCCAAUACCUCCGUUAGUACCCUGGAAAGUUGCAGAGAAGAAUUUACCUUGGGGUGUUAUGAUACUUCUUGGCGGCGGAUUUGCAUUAGCCCAUAUAAGUGAGGAAUCUGGAUUAUCUAAAUGGUUAGGUAAUGAGUUGGCUGUCUUUAGCGACCUUGAACCUUGGCUUAUGAAUCUAGUGUUGUGCGUUGUUGUCGCUGCAGCAACAGAGGUCACCAGUAAUACUGCAAUAUGUACUCUCAUGAUGCCAAUUAUGGCUCAAAUAGCUCUACAGUUACAACUAAAUCCGUUGUACAUCAUGUUUCCAACAGCCAUUGCAACCUCGUUUUCAUUCAUGUUACCAGUAGCAACUCCACCGAAUGCAGUUGUGUUUUCAUAUGGACAUCUAAGAGUUAUAGACAUGGUGAUGGUUGGUUUUAUGAUGAACAUUAUAGGAAUACUGGUACUCAUUUUAGGAACAGAAACAUGGGGAGCUAGCGCUUUUAACUUUCACACAUUACCAGAUAUAUUUAAGACAAACAACAAUGUAUCUGAUAUUGCCCAGAACAUUACUUUACUAGUGAAUGGUACCUGUUUGUGCUCAAAUCUUACCAUGACAUAAAAGUUCAUCCUGUUAAA